GUUGAAUAAAGGAACCAAUAAAGUUGGUUGGUUGUUCUCUAUUGUUUUAUCCUAUUUAGAAUGGUCUUUUAGUUGAAACUAUGUACUUAUACGGAGUCAGACGAUUUGUUGGAAAGUGUGGAAACAGUUAUGACAUACGUUUGUGAAAAACCUCGUUACCGGAUUCGCUUAGUAUAUGGCUUGACGAGAAAUGGUGACGGCAGUUUUCAAGUCUCUUCUAAGGAUAACCGAGGAACAAGUGUUCAGGGUGAAAGAAGAUUGGCAAUGGCGGCCCUUCUUAUUCAAACUGCAGCUGCUGAGUUUCUGUAUAGACAAGGGUUAAAAAGGAAAACUUUUAUUUUUGACCAACAACACGUUUCUGCCAUUCCUCCUGUAACAACUUUUCGUUUUUCGUUUACAGAUGAGGAAGCAUUUCGUUUGCAAGAUGGUUCACUGUGGUCUACCAUUCAUGAGCAACUGAAAGGUUUACCUGAUCGAGAGGAUACUAUUGAUUUGGUUGUAAUGUCUUUUACGAGAUACGAUCCCAACGCGAAAGUCGCAAAAGCUCAUACUGCUCUUGGUGGUGAUAGAUUAGCACUUUUUGGUGGUGGUUGUCUUUACAGUUGGCCUGAAACGAUAGAACAAGUCGUUGAACGUUUUCUGGAUGAACGUCCUUGUGACAAGUCCUUAUUUGAUGAUAGUGGAGGACGAGGUAAGAUGUGGUCAAUCACUGCAACCACCAUUGGAGCAUUACUUCAUGAACUCGGACACUGUCUUUCGUUGCCACAUCCUACUGGAAAACUGGGAUGGAAAGGUGGUGGUAUAAUGGCUCGUGGUUUUGACCACUUCAAUCGGCUGUUUGUUGGUUUUGAAGAUGGAAGAGUCAUCACUCAGGCUGACGAACCUUUUUUUGACCGCAGUUCUGCUAUUCGAUUAUUCUAUCAUAAAUAUCUAAAUCCAAUGGGUUACUAUCAUGCAUCACCUACACCUGCAAGUUGGUGGAACCGACUAGUUGACCAAGAUCAAAUAAAGUUAUCUCGGGAUUCGGCAACCCAAGCGGUUAUGAUUACUGCUCCAUUUGGUAUACGCCAUAUUGCAUUUCUGGUAAACGGCGAUCAGGCUGAUCACGAGGAAUAUCAUUUAUCGGAGCCUCCACCGAACAACAGGACGCUUAUGCCGGAUAAACAGUUGAUAGAGCAGCGACUGCAUUUACAAAAUACGCGGACAGAGGUUUCUGUAAGUGUAUGCGAUAGUCAUGGCAAUAUCGUCGUUAAGAGGUUGAAGGAAAUUUGAUGCUGGUCGUGUAACUUGUUCUAUCCAUGUGAAUCACCACCCAUUUGGAAAAUAAAAGGUGAAUAAACCACGAAGAUACGAG